GUUUGACGACUGUAUGGGGAGUGAUGGCGUGCUCUUCCUGAGCAGCGAUCCCAGUUUUGGCGUGCGGGCCGAUGGCUCCAUCUACGCCCAGAGAGAGGAUGCCAGUCUGACAGAGCCGGUCCAGUUCAAGCUGACGGCACGCGGUCCAAACACUCAUGUGUGGGAGACUGUGAUCCAGCUGGCCCUCAUCGACCAAUCAGCAGCUCCUCCACACGGAAAUGAGAUCGUCGGAGAAAAGGAGAGGCUCGCUGAGAGGAAAGAGUACAAGCAAGAGUUCCAAGCCCCACCUUCCAUCAUCAUGUUUCCAGGGCAACGCCAGGCAAGCUCCAAUGGGCUGCGUCGACAGAAGAGGGACUGGGUGAUCCCGCCAAUCAAUGUUCCUGAAAAUUCUAGAGGACCAUUUCCCCAGAUGCUCGUCAGUAUCCGAUCGGACCAGGACCGGGACAUCUCGAUCCGGUACAGCAUCACAGGGGUGGGGGCAGACCAGCCCCCCAACGAGGUGUUCAGUAUUGACCCUGUGGCUGGGAAGAUGUUUGUCACCAAACCUCUGGACCGCGAACAGCGCUCAUCCUACCAUCUGCGGGCCCAUGCUGUGGACAUGAACGGGAACCAGGUGGAGAACCCCAUAGACCUGUACAUCUAUGUCAUCGACAUGAACGACAACCGACCCGAGUUCAAGAACCAGGUCUACAAUGGCUCUGUGGAUGAAGGCUCCAAGCCAGGGUCGUAUGUGAUGCAUGUGUCAGCGUUUGAUGCGGAUGACAACACCACGGCUAACGGGAUGGUGCGCUACCGGAUCCUGUCCCAGACCCCCCACACCCCCAUCCCCAACAUGUUCACCAUCAACAGUGAGACCGGCGAUAUCGUUACCGUGGCAGCAGGCCUGGACCGAGAGAAAGUGUCCCAGUACAGCAUCAUUGUGCAAGCUACUGACAUGGAGGGCAACCUGAACUUUGGUCUGUCCAACACUGCCACCGCCAUCAUCACCGUCACAGACAUCAACGACAACCCCCCUGAGCUCACCUCCAGAACCUUUCCUGGAGAGGUUCCAGAGAACCGCGUGGGACUGGUGGUGGCCAAUCUGACCGUCAUCGACCGUGACCAGCCUCAUACACCCAACUGGAACGCUGUGUACAGGAUCAUCAGCGGUGACCCUACAGGUCACUUCACCGUCCACACUGACCCCGUCACUAACAACGGCAUGGUCACCGUGGUGAAGCCAGUGGACUUUGAGAUGAACCGGGCCUUCAUGUUGUCGGUGGUGGUGUCUAAUCAGGCCCAUCUGGCCAGUGGGAUCCAGUCCUCAGUCCAGUCCUCAGCGGGCGUCACCAUCUCCGUGGUGGACGUCAACGAGCCUCCAUACUUCCCCAUCAACCCCAAGCACAUCCGCUUUGAGGAGGGGGUACCCGCUGGAACCGCCAUUACCACCUUCUCUGCCACUGACCCAGACCGGCUCAUGCAACAGAUCAUCAGGUACUCUAAGCUUGCUGACCCUGCAGAUUGGCUGUCCAUCAACAGAACAAAUGGUCAGAUAGUAACCACCACGGUUCUGGACCGGGAAUCCAUCUACGUUAAAAACAACAUCUAUGAGGCCACCUUCCUCGCUUCAGACAACGGCUCGCCCCCAGCCAGUGGGACAGGCACUCUCCAGAUCUACCUGAUCGACGUCAAUGACAACGCCCCCUCGCUGGUGCCCCGCGAGGCUCUGCUAUGUGAGCGCGUCAGCAGGAACUCCAACGGCGUCAACAUCACGGCCGAAGACGCCGACCUGGACCCCAACGUAGGGCCCUUCAUCUUUGAGCUGCCCACCUUCCCGCCCAGCGUCCGGCGCAACUGGACCGUGGCCCGGCUCAGCGGGGACUAUGGUCGUCUGAGUUUGCGCUAUCAGGUGUACCUGGAGCCGGGGGUGUAUGAGGUCCCUGUGAUCGUGUCUGACUCGGGGAACCCCCCCCUCUCCAACAGGUCUGUCAUAAAGGUGAAGGUGUGUCCCUGUGACAGCAACGGAGACUGCACCACACUGGGAGCUGUGAAUGUGGCCGGACUGGGCACUGGAGCCAUCAUCUCCAUACUCAUCUGUAUCAUUAUACUGCUCAUCAUUGUGCUGCUGUUUGUGAUGUGGAUGAAGAGGAGAGAGAAAGAGAGACAGACCAAGCAGCUCCUGAUCGACCCUGAGGACGACGUCAGAGACAACAUCCUGAAGUACGACGAGGAGGGAGGAGGAGAGGAGGACCAGGACUAUGACCUGAGCCAGCUGCAGCAGCCUGACUCUCUGGACCACAUGAUCAGUAAGCCCCCGGGGGUGCGGAGGGUGGACGAGCGGCCCAUCAUCCCAGAGUCACAGUACCCCAUCCGGCCUGUCCUACCCCACCCUGGAGACAUAGGGGACUUCAUCAACGAGGGUCUGCGGGCCGCUGACAACGACCCCACGGCCCCGCCCUACGACUCCCUGCUGGUGUUCGACUACGAGGGCAGCGGCUCCACGGCCGGCUCCGUCAGCUCCCUCAACUCCUCCAGCUCGGGAGACCAGGACUACGACUACCUCAACGACUGGGGGCCGCGCUUCAGGAAGCUGGCCGACAUGUAUGGAGGUGGGGAUGAGGAUUAACCCCUCCCGACCGCCCUUCUCCGCCCUCCGUCCCUCAGCUGGCCUGCUGUGCUUUCUGUC